ACUGCUUCAUCUUCAGAUGCAGAGCGACGGCGGCGGCGACGGGACAGCCGCCGAGAUGCUCCAGCAACACCUGGCGGCGCUGCUCGCGGUGCUGCGACCCGACAUCCUCUCCACCGCCACCGACAUAUGCGUGUACGCCAUGAAGUGCGCCGCCUUUUUCCUGCACCACCCCGUUUUCGCCAACCACGCCUCCGACGCGGAUGUGAGCGGCACAAUGAAGGCCAUACUCCAAGCGAUCAUGACCACCAACGAUAAGGUGGUGUGCAAUCUGGCAGUGUGGUGCGUGUCGCAGCAGAACGUGCGCGCGCCGCUGUUGGCGCAGCUUCUGCCGUCCGUGCUGCGCGCGUUGGUGCACGCCGUCGUCAACCCCAUGGCGUCGCACGCCAUCUCCUGCGAGGCCUGCAAGGCCGUGCGCGUGCUGGCCCUGCAGCUUCCGCAGGAGAUGAGGCAGCACGCGCACGUGUGGGCCGUGCCCAUGUGGCGGCGCCUGCUCGUCGCCUCGCACCGCAAGGAGCGCGACCUCAUCCACGCCACGCUCUCGCUCGCCGCCACGCGCCGCGUGCUGCUGCCGCCCUCGCCGCUUGUCACCAAGGCGAUGGUGGAGGAGGUGAAGGGCGGCGCGGUGCAGCGCAUGGACGCGAUGCUGGGCGACGUGCAGCACAUGCCGCUCGUCGUGCUCGCGUGGGCGUGGCUCGUCCGCCUCACGGGCGGCUCGCUGGCGGAGAAGGGCAGCACGGCGCUCGCCAACGCGCUGCUCAAGGUGCCGGAGCGCACCUUCAUGGCGCCCGACGCCGCCGUGCGCGCCGAGACGCACAUGGCGUGGCAGUCGCUCAUCGACGCCUUCGCGCCCGCCAUCCCUAUCGCUGAUGCGCCGCUCGCUGCUGCUGCGCUCGAAGGGGGCAAGCGGAGCAUCGCGUCGCGUUCGCCCACUCACAGUGCGUGCUGCUUCAUCCCAUACCCGUACCAUCUCGCCCGUCCCUGUCUUGUCCUCGCGCGCGUACCAUCGCCGCUCUUCCCUGGUUCUUUUUUUCCCAUUCUCUCCAUAACCUGCACCUCUGCUCCCCUCUCCCCGCGCUCCCCAGAGUCCCCAGGCACCACGCCCUUCCAGCGCGGUCGAGGCGCGAUGGUGGCAGCGCCCUCGCCGAAGCGCCUCACGCUGCUCAUGGCUCCGCUCAUCACCACCGCAGCGCACGAGGCCGAUUCGGCGGUGCGCGGCGCCGCUCUUCACUCGUGGUGCCACCUGCUGGGGUCGCUGGGCCCCUGGGCAUCGUCCGCCGCCGUCUUCUCCGCCGCCGCCACCCCCAUGCUGCGCAUCGUGCUCCGCCGCGGGCCCUACCGCCCGGCACAGGGCGCGGAGUCGCUGGUGGGGGAGGCGCAGGCGUGGGAAUGGGCGGGGUGCCUGAAGCUGCUAGAGGGCUUCGUCGCCACCACAGGCGCAGGCGCAGCUGGGGACGAGGAAGUGGGACUGUCCGGAGCGGCGACGCGGGAAGGAAUCAAGGACGCGGGCGCGGGGAAGCUGUUGCGGGGGGGCAAGGCGGAAAGUGGGCGGGAGAGUGGCGCGCUGGUGCCCGUGGAAGAGGUGGGCGCGAAGGCGGGGACGUUGGUGUCGGUGGCGGCGAAGGGCGGGUGGCAGGUGUCGGAGGGGCAGGGCGGCGCGCUGGAGCGCAAGUACGACAGGCGGCACGCGGCGGCCGCCAUCGUGACAACGGUGGAGUGGGCGCCGUGGCAGGUGGAGCAGCUGCGCGAGCUGCUGGGGCUGCUCGACGUCGUCGUGCGACAUGCGUGCGACCCAAGCGACGUCGCUCGCAACGAGCGCGCAGACGGGCGAAUGGCGUUGGAAGGCUCGUCGCACGGUGCGGCGGAGGGGCAGGAGAACGGACAGAUAGCGGAACCCGCGCGGUUGGGUGGCGGCGAGCCGGGGGAGGCGGAGGCGGCGAGCAAAGCUCUGGAGGUGAAGGGGGAAUGGGCGGUGGCCGCCGGGCGGAGUACGGACGAGGACGCGGAGGACGGCGGCGAGGGGGCGGCGCAGGUGAUGAUGGCGGAAGCUCAGCAGCGCGCAGGCCCUCCGCAAGUGCGCGCGUCCGAGGCCUCCGUGCGCCUGUGGGCGCUUCUGGUGCGCGGAGUGGAGGCGCUGGGGCGCGGUGCAGUGCGGCCGAGCGCGGAGCACGUGGCGGCCGUGCACCUGCUGCUCGAGUUCCUCCACGGGCUGCUGGGGCUGCCUGCCGCCGCGGACCACGGCGCGCACGGCGGCGGCGACGGCGAGGCGGCGUGGCUGGCGGGGUGGUUCGACCUGUGCUGGGAGUUCACGCGCGCUCUCACGCGGCACCUCACACCGCUGCUCAUGGCCUCCUCCUUCUACCGCCUCGCCCUUGCCACACCCACCUGCCUUCCCCUCCCCGCCUCCGCCGACGUUCCCGUCUCCCCCAAAACUCCGACCGGUGGCACCGCCGCCGCUCACCGCCUUCCAGGCGCGGGGGCUGUGGGAGCAGCUGCAGGCCGCGCAGGCGGGGCGAGUGGCGGCAGUGCGACGGCUGUGGCUCGGCGCGCUGCAGUGCCGGCGGUGUUCGUGACGGCGCUGUGGGUCGAUGCAGGAAUCACGUUCGGCGCGCACGUGACAGGGAUUGGCGCCAAGGAGGGGUUGGCGGAGCGCGCGGAAGAGCUGGUGGCGGCAGCGGUGCAGGGCGCGGACGCGAGCAGCCGAUUGGUGGGCGUGCUGCGCGCGCUCGAACAGUUCCUGCCCUCCCCGCAUGCCCCGCACGCCCCCGCCUCCCCCACUGCACGAAAAGCGGGCAACAACGGAGCAUUGGAAGCGGGAAGGUGGGCGGUGGAGCAGCGGCGCGGAGAGGUGGUGCUGAGCGUGUGGGGCGUGCUGGCGCGGCGACUGGCGCACGAGCUCACAGAGGGCAGCAACGCGGGGGCGGGGGGAUUGGGGCAGGGGCAGGGGCAGGGGCAGCAGAGCAGCGGAAAGGGAGGUAUUACGGGUGGCGCAGAGGGCAAGGUGGAGGGCGCAGCUGCCGUGGCGCCGGCGCUGCUCUCCUUUGCGCUCUCCUUCCUCUCUGCCGCCGCUGCCUGUGAGUCGCAGCAGCGACAGGUGCAUUCGCUGUCUGACGCAACGGCCGCAUUGUCGGCACCCACGGCAUGUGCGUGCGCGUGGUGUAUUCCCGCGUCGCUGUUGCGCGACAUGCUGCGCGACACAGAGCGCCUCGUCGUCGCGCUGCUGCACUCGCCUGCGCUCAGGUCGCCCCACCACCCCAACGCGCCCCUCACCCCGCUCUUCGCCGCGCUCGCUGCCGCUGCCCACUGCGACGCCGCGUCCGCUGGCGUCGCUGCUGCCGCUGCUCGGCCGUCCCCCCCCCAUUCCGCCCCCGCGCCCCCUACCCCCACUGGAAGUGCUCCUCCCGGCCGCGCGUCCGCGGCGGAGGCGUGGUGGGAGGUGGCGGUGCGCGCGGGCGAGGUGGUCGCGGAGCGCAUGGACCUGGCGGCCGCGCUGCCCGCUAUCGCUGUCACCAUGGCGGGGCAGCGCCGCCGCCUCUCCGCGCUGCGCCCGUCCGCCGCCGCGGGCGACGUGGCCAAGGGGCUGCUCGCGGGGAAGGACGAGGACCCGCGGGGGAUGGUUGAGGCGGCGGGCGCGGUGGGCGCGCUGGUGGUGGGCGCGUGCAGAGUGAUCGAGAGGACGGGUGCGGACGAGCGGGGUAGAGAGGUGGGCGCGGAGAAGCUGCGGAGGGCGGUGGCGGUGUUGGCGUCGCUGGCGUCGCGCGUCACCUGCGCGUCCGACUCGCUGCUGCUGCUGCACGCCGCCCUCCCCGCGCUCACUGCCGCGCUUUGCCUCGCCUGGUCGCCCCCCCUCCCUGCUUCCGCCGCUACCACUACCCCCUCGCCCAGACACGCGGGCAGUGCAGCGGGUGCAGGCGCGCAGAGUUGGGGUGGCGGCAGCAGGGAGCGGUGGGAGCAGGCGGUGAAGGGCGCGCAGUGGGGCGUGCUGGACGGCGUGAAGGGCGGCGUGGCGGCGGGGUGGGGCGCUGUGCUGAGCAUGCUCGAGUCGUGCCAGCCGCCCACCGCCUGGUGCUCCUCCGCGCUCCUUCCCACCGUCUCCCCCGCCCUCGCCGUCGCGCUGCUGCACCCGCACCCGCCCAUCGCCGCGCGCUCUCUCGCCUUCUGGCAGGCUACGUUCGGCGGGGUGGCAGAGCACGCAGGUGCGCACACUGCGGUUAAGGCGGUGGGCGCGCGGGGUGCGGUGGGCGGGGAGAAGAAGGCCUUCGCAUACCCGCCACCGCUGCUCGCCGCGCUGGCCAUCGUGAAAGAGACUGCUGACGUGUCGCUGCCCUAUUGGCCGGCAAGCAAGGACGCAAAGGUGUUGAACAAGGAGGUGGGUGCGGGCAAGGCGAGUGCGCUCCAGGCUUCGGCAGCGAGGGCGGGGUCGGCACGCGUGGCUCCCAGUGACGUGCUGCUGUCAGCACGUGGUCGACUCUUGCAGCAGCAGAGCCAGGUGGCGGGCAAGGCAGCGCGAGCAGCAUCGCCUGUGAGGUCCACUGGAGUCAGUGCUAGUACACGGACGGACGCCAAGGCAGCAGUGGUGGGCAGCACAGGCACGGCAGGGGCAGGGCCGUCUCAGGGCAGGGACAGCAAUGCUCGCCCUGCCAGCCCCGUCCGCCCUGCCAGCCCCAUUCGCCCUGCCAGUCCCUCGUGUGUGGGCAGUGUUGGUGUGCGUGCAACAGCAGCAGCAGGAGCAACAACGGCAACAGCAGGCAGCAGUGGCGCAGCAAGAAGCGUGCAUGAGAAGCGCGAGCCAGCACCAGCACCAGCUGCAGCAGUGCCAGCAGCAGCAACCCGACCAGCGUCCCCUGUGCGCAAGUCCAUGUCACGACUGCUGUCCCUGUCUCGCCAGCACUCCCUUGAUCGCAAACCACCAACCCCCACGCCCACCCCCUCUGCUACGCGCACUGCUGCCGUCACUGCUGCCAGCCUCAGGAGCACAGGCAGGAGCACGGCAGGCAGCGGGGCAGGCAGCACAGAGGCACGGAGGGGUGCAGGCUCGGGCAGCUGUGAGGCAAGGAGCGCCACGACUGCAGGUGGUGCAGCCGCACCCAAGGCCACCACGACACCCACUCCCACCACCCAACCGCCUUCCACGCCAACCACCCCAAGAACCCCGCGCACUCCUACCACCCCCGCCACCCCCACCACCCCCGCCACUCCCACCACCCCCACCACCCCCACCGUCCCGGCCACCCCCACAACCCCAGUGCACGGGCGCAGCAGCAGUGCAUCCCGGCCGGCCUCCCCGCUGCGCGCCACAGGCAGGGCGCUGCUGGCACUGGCUCUCAAGGGCGGCAGCAGCACCAGCAGCGCUGCAGCGGCCAAGGCGCCUGCCUCUCCCACCCACCGCAGGCCCUCUAGCCCUGGCCCCGCCACAGGCACUGGCACCAGCCGUGGUGCGAGCAGUGGGGCCAGUGGCAGGGAGGCAGGGCACGGCGGCAGCAGCGGCGCUGUGAAGAGCAUGCGGUCGCUGGCGUCCAGCCUGAGGUCGCUGCUGCCACACAGGGCAGGCAGCAGCACUCCCAGCAGGUAUGGCACAGCUGCCAAGAGCAGCACAGGCAAGGCCGUGGAGGCAGGGGUGGGCACUCGCGCAGAGGCAGGGGCAGGUGCAGCAAGGAGCGGUGGUGGUGCUGGCAGUGAGAGCAGCGAGAGCAGUGCGGGGAAGGGUGCAAGCAUCGCUGUGGGUCACAUGGGGCGCAGGGAGAUAGCUGCUGCCAUGGCUGCCAAGCGAGGCAUGCCCGGUAGGACAGGCACUGCAGGCAGGCAGCAGCAGGCGCUGCAGCAGCAGCAUGCACAGGAGGCAGGCAGCCUUGAGGUGGAGCGCAGCGGCACCCCUGAAGAACUGGGUGUUGCAGCAGCAGGUGAGGCACGUGGGGUGGAGGACAUGGUAAUGCAGGGUGCAUCUGGUGCAGGUGUCUUCCAGUCGCUGGGCUCCUCUGGCGUUACUGCCGGGCUGGCAGGGGGUGCGGUGGCAGCAGGGGUGGCGGGGGAGUGGGCGCGCAGCAUGGUGCAGUGCCGCCUGCUGUCCCGCAGAGCACGCGAGGCAGCAGCACUUGCAGGGGAGGCGCACGUGGUGGGGUUGGGGGAAGGCAGUGGGGACGGAGAGGGAGGAGGUGCUGUGACAGGCAAGCGCAAGGCGGGGGGGUGCCAAGUGAGGGAGCAGGACGCACGGGCACUGUUGCAGGCUGCGGUGGUGACAGUGGGGCACAGGAGGGCUCGCAGCGAGAGUUGCAGUGAGGAGGACGGGGCACUGAGAGGUCUACCAGAGCAGCAGAAGCAGGUGCAGGCGCAGCAGGCGGGUGCAAAGAAGAGUGUGCGGCGCCGCAAGGCGGGCCGGAGAGCAACGGUGGCAGUAGUAGACGUGGAGGAGGUGGGUGAGGCGAUGCGUGCGGUGGUGCGGUCGGCGGGCAUGGUGGAGAUGCUGCAGGCGGUGCGCGAGGCAGCAGGCGUGGAGCACAUGGAGCUGGAGGAGCUGGAGGCCGCCCAGCGCUGCAUCUCCGGCAUGUCCCGCCACAUUGCUGCCACCAUUGAAUGCCGUGCCAAAGGAAUGGACCAUUAUGGCAUGCUUCCGUGA